AUGCCCAAUCUAGCUCUUCCUCCUGUACCAGAGAACCUUCGAAGAUCAUCUUUUGGAUCCGAGUCCACAGCGACGUCCAAUGCAUCAAAUGGCCUUGAAAACAUUGGUGGAGCUGUCGAGGGUUGGCUCCGCAAAGUCGCAACCCGCACCAAGGCUGGAAUCAGCGAGCUUCAACAAGGGUCCCCCAACCAACAGGCAACCAGCCGUGGCCGUGGGCUUUGGGGAAUUGGCGAUCUGAUCGAGCUGGACGAUACCUCUGAAGGUCGGCGAUCGCCUAGUGUUUUAGGAGGUCCUUCCCGGCGGGAAGCGCGGGGCACAAGCUCUACUUCCUCGUCAUUUAGAGUUGCAGGUCCAACUGCGUCGGCGACGAGCAGGUCUCGAGCGACAGGGCUUGGCUCUGGGUCAAAUGCAUACGGGGAACGCGUGAAGGAUGAUUGA